ACCCUUACUCUCAUGCUAUCUUCCCUGUUUAAUUCUCCCGACGCAGACCUGGUGUUGCGUUCGGCCUCGCCUCAAUCUGUUGACUUUCUCGUGCAUCGAUGCAUUCUCGCUGCCGCCUCACCAUUCUUUAGGCAUAUGUUCACUCUGCCACAGUCGACCGCUGACGCCACAAACCCUUCGCCCGUCGUCGACGUAACCGAGUCGGCAGCGACGCUCGAAAUUCUACUUCAAUUCGUCUAUCCCAUUGCUGAUCCUACGAUUCACUCUUUGGAUGUCCUUACGGGCGUUCUCGGUGCUGCGAGCAAAUACGAUCUGACUGUGCCCAUUGUGAAUCUGGGGAAGCAGCUGAUCACGUCUCGUUUCAUCAAGGCAGAGCCUAUACGCGUAUAUGCCAUAGCAUCACGUUUCGACCUCGAAGAGGAGGCGAAGAUCGCGUCACGCCAUACACUUAGCAUCAACAUCGUUGAUUAUCCAUUAUCUGAGGAAUUCAAGUACAUCACCUCGGAUAGUUACCAUCGUCUUCUUGAUCUCCACCGUCGCAGAGCUCAAGCUGCUCAGGAGCUGUUGAAAAUUCCCGACAACGUCAAGUGCAUUCUCUGCAAUGGCACGCACUAUGGCGUAUUUCUAGCGCCGAAAUGGUGGAAGGACUUCGAAGAGAGGGCGAGGGAGGAGCUGCGCGUACGGCCGGCCACCAACGUGAUCUUUGAGGAAUCGUUCUUGGAAGAAUCUGCUCGGACAGGAUGCGAAUACUGCAAACGUUGUGUUAGGGACGCUCGUGGGUUCUUGGACGCGUUGAAGAAGCAAAUUGACGAUUUACCUGCGACCAUCUAAUUUCAUUCCUUCCUUCCUUUAUGGAUACUAUGUCGCUCCUUAGCUGCCUUCAUUCACGAAGAUUCACGACUUUCACGCAAUUCAUCAUCUGCUCUGUUUGUAUUUCAUGUCUUCAUCCUUGGUUCAGAACUUGUAGCUUUAGUCCUCGGACAUUGGGUUAAUGGACCUUUUAUGAUCCCGGCGUCCUCUUAAUGCCUUUGAAUUAGUUGUGCUGGUCGAUCGACUGAGGGUUGGCGAGACUAAAAACAUAAUACCAAUUUCUUUAACUUA